AUGAAAGUGAAGGCACCAUGCAGAGCAACUCAACUCAGAGCCCUGGCUACUCUAGCAGCUUUAUCACGCCAAACUUUCCAAACAUGCAUCGACGCUAGAAUCGUAAAAACAGGUUUCGAUCCAAUCACGAGCCGCUUCAAUUUCAUGAUCAAGGACCUUUCUGAAAGAGGACAAUUAUCUCAAGCACGCCAACUGCUUGAUCAAAUGCCUAACAGAAACUCAUUCUCUAUAGAUAUGAUUAUUUCUGGCUAUGUAAAAUGGGGCAAUCUUUCCGUCGCUAGAGAACUUUUUGAUAAUAGGUUUGAACGCACUGCUGUCACAUGGACGACUAUGAUUGGUGCAUAUUCGAAGAGUAAUCGUUUUGGGGAUGCUUUUAAGCUUUUUACUGAGAUGCAUAGGUGCGGUUCUCAGCCUGAUUAUGUCACCUUUCUAACUCUUUUAACGGGGUGCAAUGACGUUGGAGUGGCGAAAGAAUUGUAUCAGGUUCAUGCACAUAUUGUCAAACUUGGUCACCAUCUGAACCAUAGAGUUUGCAAUACGUUGCUUGAUUCUUAUUUUAAAACAUGUAGCCUAGAUUCAGCUCGUCGGAUCUUUAUGGAAAUGCGUGGAUGGGAUUCUGUUUCUUUUAAUGUGAUGAUAACAGGGUAUGCAAACAAUGGGUUGAAUGAAGAAGCGAUUAAGCUUUUUGUGGAAAUGCAAAAUCUAGGUUUCAAGCCUUCCGAUUUUACUUUUGCUGCAGUUAUAGGUGCCAGUGUUGGAUUAGACGACACAGCAUUUGGGCAACAAAUCCAUUGUUUUGCGGUGAAGACGAAUUUUGUUUGGAAUGUGUUUGUGGGGAAUGCAUUGCUUGAUUUUUACUCAAAACAUGAUUGCGUGAAUGAAGCUAGGAAGCUUUUUGAUGAGAUGCCAGAGUUGGAUGGUAUUUCUUACAAUGUGAUCAUCACGGCAUAUGCAUGGGUUGGAAACGUAGAAGAAUCAAUCGAACUUUUUCGGGAACUUCAAUUUACAACUUUUGAUCGCAAGAAUUUCCCUUUUCCGACUAUGUUAAGCAUAGCUGCAAAUUCACUAGAUCUGCAAAUGGGCCAGCAACUUCAUGCCCAGGUAAUUGUGUCAAUGACUGAUCCAGAUUUUCAUGUGGCAAAUUCUUUGGUUGACAUGUAUGCUAAGUGCGGCAAAUUUGAGAAAGCUGAAAAGAUACUUUUGAAACUGAGCAGUAAAAGCACAGUUCCAUGGACAGCCAUGAUUUCGGCCAAUGUUCAGAGAGGACUCCAUGAAAAUGGCCUGAAACUGUUCUAUGAGAUGCGCAGAGCUAAUGUAAGUGCUGACCAGGCUACUUUUGCCUGUGUCUUAAAAGCCUCUGCAAAUCUGGCUUCAAUUUCAAUGGGGAAACAGCUACACUCUUGCAUAAUCAGAUCAGGUUUCAUAAAUGUUUAUUCUGGAUGUGCGCUCGUGGACAUGUAUGCAAACUGUGCGUCUGUUAAAGAUGCAAUUCAAACUUUUGAAGAAAUGCCAGAAAGGAAUGUAGUUACUUGGAAUGCAUUAUUAUCUGCGCAUGCACAAAAUGGAGAUGGCAAGGGCACACUUAAAUCUUUUGAAGAGAUGGUGCGGUCAGGUUAUCGACCAGAUUCAGUUAGCUUGCUUUGCGUUUUAGCUGCUUGCAGCCACUGCAGAUUAGUUGAAGAAGGAUUGAAAUACUUCAAUAGCAUGACCAAUGUCUAUGAACUAGUUCCUAAGAGAGAACACUAUGGGGCUAUGGUUGAUGCACUGUGUCGGAGUGGACGGUUUGAUGAAGCAGAGAAGCUCAUGGCUAGAAUGCCAUUUGAACCAGAUGAGAUCAUGUGGACAUCCAUUUUGAACUCAUGUAGGAUUCAUAGGAACCAUGCACUGGCUAGAAAAGCAGCAAGCCAACUUUUUAAUAUGAAGGUGCUUAGAGAUGCCGCCCCUUAUGUCACCAUGUCAAAUAUCUUUGCAGAAGCUGGUCAUUGGGAGAGUGUACUGAAAGUGAAGAAGGCAAUGAGAGAACGUGGAGUGCGUAAGGUUCCAGCAUAUAGUUGGGUUGAAAUUAAACACAAGGUCCAUGUAUUUUCGGCAAAUGAUGACAAACAUCCACAGAUAUUGGAAAUCCUAGAAAAGAUUGAAAUGCUGGCAAAGCAAAUGGAAAAGGAAGGGUACAAGCCUGAUAUCAGUUGUGCCCAUCAGAAAGUAGAUGACGAAAGCAAAAUUGACUCUCUUAAAUAUCACAGUGAACGCGUAGCAAUAGCUUUUGCACUGAUCAGUACUCCAGAGGGAUCGCCAAUCCUGGUGAUGAAGAACUUGCGAGCUUGUACCGACUGCCAUGCUGCCAUCAAGGUGAUCUCAAAAAUUGUUGGAAGGGAAAUUACAGUCAGGGAUUCAAACAGGUUCCAUCAUUUUAGAGAUGGUUUUUGCUCCUGCGGGGAUUAUUGGUGA